ACAGACAUUUAUAGGAAGAUUUGUGGACAAGCUGUGUCUCUGUGUUACAUACACGAUGCCUCACAGACAGCACCUUCACCUGAGCUACUUAUCCCUGGUAUUUCUGUUCUUCCUGAGUCCCAGUCAGGCUGUGAAAGUGGACAAUGUAUUUACGCAAUCCGGCUUCUACCAGACAUCAGAGCCAACAGGGGAGUACAUGUUUCAGCUGGAUGAGGAUGAGAUCUUCUAUGUGGAUCUGGGAAAGAAGGAGACCAGAUGGAAACUCCCGGAGUUUGGGAAAGUAGCUAGUUAUGAUACAGCUGGAGCAUUGCAGAAUAUAGCGGUGCUGAAACAUAAUCUUGACAUAGAUAUGAAACGGUCAAAUUACACAAAGGCGAUAUAUGUUGCCCCGGAUUUGCAUGUAUUCACAGAGGAGCCUGUAGUUCUCGGUGAACCUUGUAUGUUGAUCUGUCUGGCUACCAAGUUCUUUCCCCCGGUUAUCAAGAUGAGCUGGCUGAAGAAUAAUCAGCCUGUGACGCAGGGGGUAUCAGAGACAGACUUCUACCCUGCACCAGACGGUUCCUUUAGUAAAUUCCUGUACUUAGCUGAGAUCCCAAAACAGGGGGAUGUGUAUACGUGUUCUGUGGAGCACGGCGGACUGCCGAUCAACCCCACCAACAAGUUCUGGAAACCAGUGGCCCCCCAUCAUUUAUCAGAGCAGUCUGAGAAUGCACUGUGUGGUUUCGGCCUGGCUUAUGGAAUCUGUGGGAUCAUUGCUGGCAUUGCGCUGAUCUGUAAAGGGAAGAAGAACAUGAAUGAGGGAAGAGGUCACUGACUGUGCAGAUUCCAGCAAUAUUUGAUGCUUCCAGACAGCAUUUUCCUGACGGCUUAAAUAAUCACACUUUGGCUAAGGAACCUGAGCGUCAUUGUCUGGGAUCUGAUUGGCUCCUGGUUGACUCCCUUAUGUGCAGGAAACCCGACUCAUUGGCUUAUUUUUUUAAUGACAUAUCGUAUGGUCAGAACACUGUGUUGUUGCUUUCACACUUGCUUUGUUGAUUCAGUUUCCAAAAAGGAGAAAUCUCAGAAGAUAACUCAGAAUAAUUUGCUGUUUCAGUUUCCAGAACCUAAUUCUGUGCGUUACCUAUAAUCACCUCAAUGCGUUGUGAGCUUUUCCUGACUGAUAGAUCCACAGUUAUCCCAGACCCUCCAACAUGACCCCUUCUAUCAGGUACACAAUGCUCUGCUCCUGGACUUCCCACAUAACUUCUGACUACUGUCACCUGUGCUGAAGCACCUCUCUCCUCAAUGAACUAGUUCAGCACAGGUGACUGCAAGUAACUAAGAGGGAAGUUCCAGAGCAAAGCAUUUUGUAGCUGGUGGAAGGGGUCAUGUUGUAGGGUCUGUUAUCCCAAAUGGAAUUGCAGUAUGUCUUCCAAAUAUAAUUCACAACUUAACUUGCUCUAUUCAUCAUCAUGCGCUUAUCACACAGAUAUUACAAAUGUAGAUAUAAAUUCUGUCACAAUAAAGAGUGCUUUCUUUUUUCCAA